UCGGAAACACAAAUUUCUUCAAUCGUCCACCCCCGGCCGGUGGCUGCAGCAAUUUCGUACGUUGUCGUCUUCCCUCCUGCAACGUGUGUCUCCGGGCGCCGCGAUCGCGAUAGCCAAGUGCGUCCCCUCUCCUUCAUGGCUGACCUGUGCCGCAUGCUGCCUUUGUUGCUGCUUGCCGCUGUACUGCUGCUUGCUGUUGUCGUCUUUCAUAUCUACAUCCUCGGUCACGUCUCUGGGAGGAAACAUAGGCACCGAACGACGAAGGCGACCGGGAAGAUGGAGAUGGUGCAGACGAAGAGGACGAUGUCCAUAGGGGCGUGCGGGUCGUCACGUCAGCGUUGUAGCUCUGCGGAAGGCGGCAGGCGCCCAUACGACCCGACGCUGUACAGCCACCUGCCGUCCCAUGAGAUUCCAUUGCCUCCGAGUGACGACGACAGCGACGAGCCCCGAUCAUCAACGGUUCCUCUGGGCAGCGGUUCGACGCAGGAUUGGAUGGGGAGCCAGCUGUAUAGACAGCCCUCGACGCCAACGUACACUGAUCUGCUGGAGGGGCGGACCCCGGUUGGUUAUGACGGGGGGCUCGUAGAUCUCAGCUUCGGUUUGAGGUUUGGGAGUGGCCAGGACGUCACGUACACCGUUCUCGUGAACCCGGGUUCUGCCAGCAACCACACAGCGCCUUCGGUGGGGCCGUGUGGCCUUCUUGACACCCGCGGCCGGGGUUCUGGUCAGUCGGGCGAUGAGCGUGGACUUGUUUCGCGAGGGCGGACGACAGUGGGUACAGCAGGUGUUCGUGCGGAGGGGACGAGGACAGGUGGAUCGACAACGGCAGGCGACGCAGUCCACCGAGGAGGGGAUGACGCUGAUGGCUACGCUGCGGAGGUCGCGGGGCUAGAGAUCAAUGUACGGGCGGAUGACACACCUGGCAAUUGCGACGGUGCGGGUGGUGAAGAUUUGUCGGCGGGCGAUGGGGGCAACGACAACGACAACGACGACGACGACGACGGGGGGAUGGAGAUUCGUCCGCUGGGGAAGAAACGGGGAGGGCCGAGGGCGACGAGCAAGUCCAGCGAGCCGCGCGCGGGGCGGAGAGGCGAGAAGACUGCGGGAGAUGCAUCGGCAGGCGGCGGAGCGAAAAGCUGGGAUUUUUGGACCGUGGAACACAUGAUUGAUCUUGUCAGAGCUAAAAGCGACCAGGAUUUGCAUCUUGCUGGCCUCGGCCACAAUAUGGGAAGGAUGAAGACGAAGACAUGGAAGUGGGCCGACAUCGAGAGCAGGCUCGUGCAGAUGGGGGUGACGACUAGACAGGCCGAUGACUGCGGGAAAAAAUGGGACAACCUGUACGUGCAGUUCAAAAUUGUGCACAAGUUCAUGGGCGAAUCGAGGAAGCCUGAUUUCUUCUCACUUGCGCCGCAGGAGAGAAAGGAGCGGGGGUUCGAUUUUCGGAUGGACGAGCGUGUGUAUUCGGAGAUGAUGGCCAUGUCCAAGGGCGAUCACACUAUACACCCCACGAAUCUGGCGGACAUGGGUGCGGCGGGAGGUGUUCAACUGCCAGGCCGGACUGGAGGUCGCAACGAAUCAGGCGGUAGUGACGGAUGCAGGGAUGGGCAGGACGACGAUCAAGGAUCGACACGGAAUUCAAGUUUCAGCGGCGGUGCUGUGGGCGGGUGCGGCAAAAGGAAGAAUGUGAGACAACAGACCUUCGACACGAUUGCGGAAGUCAUGAAGGACCACGGGAUUGCGGACGACAUGGCCCCGAGGAAUGCAUCAGCGAAGGCCAGGCAAAAUAGCGGGGCGGGCGACGAGGGGGAAACCAAGAGAGGCAGAGGGCACAUCCCUAAGCCGAAAAGGCAGCGCGUUGAAGAGUCGAGCUCCGAGCACACUGCAGACUUCCAGCCAGAAGAAGUGGUGAUGGUGGACGCGCAAGGCACUUCAGCGGCGCCGCGAUUGGGUUUCGGGCGAGAUGGGUUGACGAGGGAACAGGUGUCCGGUGUGAAGCAGAGCAUUGUUGUUGGUGCUGCCGGAACGUUGCAAAGGACCCCGAAGGCGGCAGGGGUUGUCAUAACGGAGGUGCGUGUCCCGAGGCAACUUCCCGCGGCGACGGGGCAGGGCCAACCACGUCAGCCACUUCCACUGCAACAGCUGGGGGCUUCAGGGGGGGGGAAAGCACAGCCCGCACAAAAGGGCGAUGCAACGACGAUCGGCACUCGGACAGCGGCGGCGGAUCGCAGUGGUAGAACCGCAGUCGCCGAAGGUGCGGGCGAGGAGAGGGUAGACGACGUCCGCCACGACGAGGGAAGAAGAGACGGAAAGUGGGAGGGCGACGACGACGACGACCGUCCACUUGUGACGAGGUUGAAGGGAGCCGCAAAGGAGGAUGGUCUGGAGGAAAGAUCGAAGUUGUGGGUUGAUUGCGACUCUUUCUGGGGUUAGGGACCGGGGAAACCCUUGAGGGAGGCGGUUGGCGAGUGCGGACUACUUCGUCGCAAUCGCCAACGGAGACGC